GUCACUGCCAGGAGAGCGGCUGGAAUGUUUCAGACAUUUAAAGAAUGGUUCUGGUUGGAAAGAUUCUGGCUUCCUCCAUCAAUAAUGUGGUCAGAUCUUGAAGAUCACGAUGGACUCAUCUUUGUAAAACCUUCACAUUUAUAUAUGACUAUUCCAUGUACUUUUCUCCUGCUGAUUAUCAGACGUUUAUUUGAAAAAUUUGUUGCUACACCUCUAGCAAACACAUUUGGCAUUAAAAAGACAGCUCGAAAGAUUACACCGAAUACUGUCUUAGAGAAUUUUUUCAAGCAUACUACAAGGCGGCCCUUGCAAAGUGAUAUUUAUGGACUGGCAAAGAAGUGCAACUUGACGGAGCGCCAGGUUGAAAGAUGGUUUAGGAGUCGGCGAAAUCAAGAGAGGCCUUGCAGGUUGAAAAAAUUCCAGGAAGCUUGCUGGAGAUUUGCAUUUUACUUCAUGAUAACUGUUGCUGGAAUUGUAUUUCUUUAUGAUAAACCUUGGGUUUAUGACCUAUGGGAGGUGUGGAAUGGCUAUCCCAAACAGCCUCUGCUGCCAUCCCAAUACUGGUACUACAUUUUAGAAAUGAGUUUUUAUUGCUCUCUGCUAUGUAGCCUUGGCUCUGAUGAUAAGAGAAAGGAUUAUCUAGCGCAUGUCGUCCACCACCUGGCUGCUAUUAGUCUGAUGAGCUUCUCUUGGUGUGCUAAUUAUAUUCGCAGUGGGACCCUCGUGAUGUUUGUGCAUGAUGUGGCUGACAUUUGGCUAGAGUCUGCUAAGAUGUUUUCUUAUGCCGGAUGGAGGCAUACCUGUAACACCCUGUUUUUCAUCUUCUCCGCCAUGUUCUUCAUCAGCCGCCUCAUUGUUUUUCCCUUCUGGAUCUUAUAUUGCACAUUGAUUCUGCCUCUGCAUUACCUCGAACCUUUCUUUUCGUACAUCUUCCUCAACUUCCAGCUCAUACUCUUACAGAUCCUUCACCUUUACUGGGGUUAUUUCAUCCUGAAGAUGCUCAAAAGAUGUAUAUUCACGAAGAAUAUCAAGGAUGUGAGGAGUGAUGGUGAGGAUGAGUAUGAAGAAGAAGAGGAAGAAGAGGAGAAAGAGGAAGAGACUACCAAAGGCAAAGAGAUAGACUGUUUGAAGAAUGGCCUUGGGGCCAACAGGCGCCUCAUUCCCAACGGUCAGCACGACCAUUAG